CUUCUUUAGUCAAUCAAACGCAUCAGUUAUUAAGCGGAAGUUGUCGUCAGUGAAAAUUUGUGCCGGUUUUGUUUCACAUUUUGAUCAUUUACUUCCACAAAUCAUGGGGAUGAUGGACUUUGACUUUCUUGACGAUGUACGUCGAAUGAAUAAAAGACAGCUGUACUACCAGGUGCUCAACUUUGGCAUGAUAGUCUCCUCUGCUUUGAUGAUCUGGAAAGGACUGAUGGUGGUCACUGGCAGUGAAAGUCCUAUAGUCGUUGUUCUCAGUGGGAGCAUGGAGCCAGCCUUCUAUCGUGGUGACCUGCUAUUCCUGACCAACUACCGCGAGGAGCCUAUCCGUGUAGGGGAGAUUGUUGUGUUCAAGAUAGAGGGACGGGAGAUACCCAUAGUUCAUCGAGUGCUCAAAGUGCAUGAAAAGGAGAAUGGUACAGUAAAAUUUCUAACCAAGGGAGACAACAACUCUGUGGAUGAUCGAGGGUUGUAUGCCCCUGGCCAGCUGUGGUUGGAAAAGAAGGAAGUUGUGGGCCGUGCUAGAGGAUUUGUUCCUUAUGUGGGGAUAGUUACAAUUCUUAUGAAUGAUUAUCCAAAAUUUAAGUAUGCAAUAUUGGCCUGUCUGGGACUCUUCGUGUUGAUACAUCGAGAGUAGCUGAAGAGGGUCAUCAUAGAAACACUUUUUAAAUUUUCAAAAGCAUGAAAGAAAAAAAUGGAGUGUGAACAGCGUGUGUGUCCCUUUUUGAAUCAGAUAUAUUAACAAAAUUGUCAGCAAUUUUUACAUGUAAUGGAUAUAUAUCAUGUUAACCCUUUCAGAGCUGGAACUGAAUUUUAAAGGCCUUUGCAAACAGUUUGGAUCCAGAUGAGACACCACAGAACGUGGCGUCUCAUCAGGAUCCAAACUGUUUGCGAUUCUGAUAGUAUUCUUUGAAAAAAAAUCUAAGAAAAUGCUAAUUUUAGAAAUUUAGCAGACAACAUUUUAGCAGACGACAAAUUUCCCAGCAUGCAAAGGGUUAACUGUUUUGAGCCUUAUUACACUAUUCAAAAGCAUUAAAGAAAAAUGGAGUUUGUGAUGUAUGUGUAAUGUCUGCAAUUUAAUUCUGAUAAUGAGAACUUUAUGUAAUUUUUCUUAAAGGUCAUCAUAAAACACAAUUUUAAAAGCAUGCAUGUAAAAGGAAAUUUGGAUGAAAAGUAUGUGUUUAGUUUUAAGUCUGAUGUCAACCUUUAUUUUAAACGAUUUCUGACCCAAAAGUGCUUUAAAUCAGCAAUACGUGUAGUUAUUUCAUAAAUCAUGUACAUGGAGAAUUACCCAAAUAAUGUAAAUUUUACCGUGUUUUUAACAGCGUUCCUAAUUUCGUCUACUUCAUUUCAGUAUUCAAGAUGAAAAUUUUGGUUAUAAACUUCUUUUUUUGUCCAUACUUUCAUAAGGACAGAUAUUUCUGACAGUCCUUGUAAAUGAUUUGUGUUUCAAUAUUUGAUUUAAUGCUCAUUUGGUGAUCACAAUAUUUUCCAACUGUAUCAUGGUGCUCAUUUUAUUAAAGCUAACACUAGUCAUUUAGGGCAGUUUCUGAGCACUGAUAUUAUCAGCCAUUGUUUUGUUGGGGGAGAGCCGGAGUGGUUAUUGUUGAGAAAAAAUGAAUGGUCGCGUUUACUUCUUACUUCUAAUUUGUUUUCGCAUUUGUUAUCAUCACAUUUCGAUUUGUUAUCGAUUUGAAUAAUAUGUCCUCAAUUUGGAUAGCAUAAAUGUAAGCCAUGCCUCUUUGUCAUUAUGAGUGUCUUUAUUUAAAUGUUGUAUUCAUUUUAUUUAACUUUCAUGUAAAUAAUCAAAUAUGCUUUAUGUAAGUUUGUUGUUAGCGAGUAUAUUAAUAUCAUACACUACAUACGACUUUUGAUAGUAUUGUCACACAUUUUGUUUCUGUUACCUUAUAAUAUAAAUAUUUACAAACAUAAAUAUGUUUAGAAAAACAAUACGAGAUUUGAAUUUGGCAAUUACUUUUUUAAGACUGCAUGUAUUGCCAGGUAUUGAAUUAAUUCAUGAUGUCACAUGUAUAAUGUGUUUAUUUGUACAUACAUAUAUUGCAUGCUACAUUGAAGUGUUUUCUUCCUAAUUAUUUAUGAUCCAGAUCUGUAUGUACCCGGUUUGCAUUUUACAUUUACAUCAUCUGUAAAAAGGAGAGAAUAAUUUGCUUACUUGGUACGUAAUAUUUUGUGUUGUCAAUAAAACCUAUUGAUUAUCACUGAUGACCUCACCAUACAUUUUUUUCUAAUGUAUACAUUUUGAUGCAAUUACUUAAUAUAAAAAAGUAAGUAUAUGGUUUCUUGAAAGUAUAAAAACAUUUGCUCAAAUCUCGAAAUGUUACAUUUUCCAAUUAACUGUCAAAUGUAACUUGUAUGUUAAACGCUGAAUAUAAGUAAUAAUGCAUUGGAUAUAUUAAAUUGUAAAGGAUGAAGUAUUUUUUUAUUUUCAAGAAUUGGAGCUUAAAAUAUGAUUGAAAAUAAUUCAUGUUCUUGACACUCGUGCAAUAAUGAGGCAAGACUUGCCUUUACCACCACUGAAAUAUUGGAACUAACAGAAGAAAAUUCAUGGGGCAUGGCAAACAUGUGUCUUCUAAGUGAAUGUUAGUGUAUAUUGUCAAUUUCAUGAAUCAUACCAUACCAUACCAUAAAAUCACGAAGUCACUUGAAAUGAAAUAAAAAUUGGUGUACAGUAAAA